AUGGCCAAUGAUCCAAAGAAGAGGUUUCAUUCCAUCAUGGACAAGCUCUUCCACUCCAUUCCAUCGCCACCGGGAACGGGAAUGGGGAUACAUGAACAAUUAUUAGGAGCAAAGAAAUGCUCAAAUCCAACGUAUUCUUUAGCAGCAGAAGAGAAUCAGCAUGGCUUAGCUGCGAGUGAAUCUCCACUUUGCAGACCAUGGGAUAGAGGAGAUCUUCUCAGGAGACUAUCAACUUUCAAAUCCAUGACUUGGUUUGCUAAGCCCAAGGUAGUAAAUUUUGUUAAUUGUGCUAUGAGAGGUUGGGUCAAUGUGGAUAUGGAAAUUCUGGCCUGUGAAUCAUGCGGAACACAUCUCCUAUUUUCGACCCCACCUUCUUGGACACAACAACAAGUAGAGAAUGUGGCCUCAGUGUUUAGCUUAAAGCUGAAUAGUGGACACAAAUUGACUUGCCCUUGGAUUGACAAUGUUUGUGAUGAAAGACUGACUGAAUUUCCUCCCACUGUGCCUGCUGAUUUGGUUGAUAAAUUCCGGGCGAGAUCGAACUCACUCUUUCAACUUAUGACUCUUCCAGUAAUUUCAUCUUCAGCCAUUGAAUUUAUGAGAAAUCCUCAACUCGAAGAAUUUCUCAGACAACCCCUAAUGGUGGAUUGUCUGAAAAGGAACGCUGAAUUUUCUCAAAUAGAAUGUAUAAAAGAUGGAUAUGUUGUGGAUUAUGCUAACUUGUACUAUCAUGCUCAAAAGCUUAUAAGUCUUUGUGGCUGGGAACCAUGUCCACUAACAUACGUUGUUAACUUCAAGGAUGGUCAGAAUCAGUUUGUCAAAUAUGCUGAAACUUUAAGUUCACCCCAGGAAGUUGAUUAUGGACUAAAUUUGUGUCUCAACUUCCAUGUAGCUGAUGAAAAUGAAAAUUUGGAGACAAAUAAAGACUCUGGGAAUUCUUUUAGAUUGCAGUAUGAUCACAAAUAUGUUGUUUGUGUAAGAGAUGAUAAUUUUAGAAACGUCACACCAUUGGAAGGAACCAACGUUGCUGCAACGUUGCUUAAUUCUCAGUAUUACUGGAAACAUUCUUUAAUAAAAUUUAGUUCAAAUAAGGAGUGGAAACCAAAGGUGAUCAACUCUAAUUUUGGGAAGGGUUCGAGAACAGCUGGUGCAUUUGAUGUUCCUACUAGUUCAGUUGAAGCCAAUGCUCAUUCGCAGCCUGUUUCAAGAGUUCUCGACUUUGAAGAAGCAACUUCAAAAUUACAGAAGAAGCUAGAGGAGUUGCAUCUCCCGCAACGUCGACAUGUUUGA